AUGACUGGCCGAGGAGGUGGUGCAGCUCGCAAGACACUGCUUGCGCCGAUUCACUUUAUCUUCAAACUCCUCCAGCAACGCUCAACAGUCUCCAUCUGGCUCUAUGAGCAGCUCGCAUUCCGCAUAGAAGGAAAGAUCAGAGGGUUUGACGAGUUCAUGAACCUUGUCGUUGACGACGCGGUGGAGGUCAAGCUAGCCACAAAAAGUGAGGAGGAGAAGAGACGGCCAUUAGGUAUGAAGACACACUAUCUUAGGUUCGUCAGAGCUCGGGAUGCUAAUACGCUUUCAAAACUAGGCCAAAUACUCCUAAAGGGCGACAACGUGUCGCUUAUUCAAGCUGUUCAGUGA